AUGAAGAUUAUGAGAGAUAUAAAGGGUAUUACCACGCCCAUGCAGUUGUUUGCUUUACUGCCUUUCUUCACGGGCGAUAAGGAAGACAUGCGUCUGAGGACCUGUGGUAGACUCUAUGGCUUCGUGGUUAUGCUUGGCUUGCUCGUCAGCUCCACCAUGUUCUGUCAGGAUGUGCUGUUCGCCUCACAGGAGUACAAGCUGCUCUCGCACUCGCAGGGCGAAACGGAAGAAAUAAAUCGAACCAUUGAGACGCUUUUUUGCAUUUGUAGCUAUACGAUGAUUGCGGUCUCCUGCGUCCAUAACGGAUCGAAACACUUUCGGACUUUGCGCGAAAUUGCCAAAAUCGAUGAGUACCUGGAGGUGAACGGUUUCAAUGCCAAGUACAGUUGUCGUUUUCUCGGCACUUUGCUGGCCAUUGCCUCAGCUAGUGUCGUUGUCGUGGCCUUCUACUAUAUACACUAUUUGAGCGAUAUAACCAUUUCGAGGCAGUGCAUCCUUAUACUGAUUUAUAGCCUGCAGAUGAUCUAUUCCUUUAUGUUUGCCCUGUACUUGCGUACUAUCCUCAUGAACUUGACGCAACGCAUCGAGUUCCUGAACCAGCGCUUGGAUGAGUUCACCAAAGACGAGAAGAACACCUUCGAUAAGGAGAAUUGGCGUGAGCUGAGCAACUUAAUCGAAAUCUUUUGCAAGUUUCGUUACAUUACAGAAAACAUGAAUGCGGUGACUGGAGUGGCUUUACUAUUUUAUAUGGGCUUUGCCUUUUACACUGUCACCAAUCAGAGCUAUUUGGCCUUCUCGACACUGACGACGCCUACCCAGCUGCGUAAGAAUUAUGAUACUAUGGGCUUAUCCUGUGCCUGGGUUUUGGCCGAAACUACGACAAUGAGUAUGAUAUGCAGCUCGUGUGAUUGCUUGGCUUCUGAGGCCAAUACCACAUCGCAAAUAUUGGCGCGUGUCUAUGGCAAAAGCAAGGAAUUUCAAAAUAUUAUAGAUAAAUUUCUUACUAAAAGCAUUAAGCAGGACGUCCAAUUUACGGCCUAUGGGUUCUUUGUCAUAGACAAUUCAACCCUGUUUAAGAUAUUUUCAGCCGUAACCACUUACCUAGUCAUACUGAUUCAAUUCAAACAGCUAGAAGACUCAAAACUCGAGGACUCUGCAACAUAA